AUGGUUGAUUCAUUUUUUGGGAAUUGUGUUUUGGUUCUUUCACGAAGCAAUAGGGUUCUACUAAUUUUUUUCUUUAAAUUCUUAACUUCUCUGCAGAUUUUGAAGGAUUUCUUGUUAUGGGUUCAUCAGGAUCUUGGCGUCUGGGGUCCCGUUGUGUUGGCCAUUGCAUACAUUCCAUUGACAAUCAUGGCUGUUCCUGCCUCAAUCCUGACACUUGGGGGUGGCUACUUGUUUGGGCUACCCAUUGCCAUUGUUGCUGAUUCUAUUGGUGCCACUGCUGGUGCUGGGGCUGCAUUUCUUCUUGGAAGAACUAUUGGGAAAUCCUUUGUUGUUUCCAAGUUGAAGGACUAUCCGCAGUUCCGCUCGGUUGCUAUUGCAAUUCAUAGAUCUGGGUUUAAGAUCAUUCUGUUACUUCGGCUUGUUCCCUUGCUUCCGUUUAACAUUAUGAAUUAUCUUUUGUCUGUGACUCCUAUUUCACUUGGGAAGUACAUGUUGGCUUCCUGGUUGGGAAUGAUGCCAAUUACAGUUGCAUUAGUUUACGUGGGAACAACCCUUAAGGAUCUAUCUGAUGUGACUCAUGGCUGGAAUGAAUUUUCAAAGUCUGAUUGGGCAUUUCUCGUGUUGGGUCUUUCGAUAUCUGGUAAGUGCCAACUCGUAUGUAUAACGAUAUUUAGCUUCUUAUAACGCACAUGCUCACAUUCCUCAGUCAAGGAAGUGUUCCCCAUAUGA